CGUGUUUACAUAAUGAGAAACUUAUUCGUAUCUCGUUAUCGUCAUGUUUGUUCAACGAUGGAUCAAUCAAAUUGUUGACUCUCAACAUAACGAGACUCUUCGAGUUCGUUGAUUUGUUGUGUGUAUAUAUAUAUAUAUAUUGUCGUUUGUGUGAAGAAAAACAUGUCAAGCCCAGAGGAAAUGGCUGAAAAUCUGACGACGCAGAUAAACGAACUGCAGGCUCUCCAAUCCGUCUUCCCGACCGAACUGGUCGUGGCGGAUCACGGGAUAUUGGCCGAUAUCAACGAGUACAUCGAACAUCCCAACCGAGAUCCACCGCGAUGGUUGGAAUACUCCAUCGCGAUCCCAUUGAACGGUGAGAGUAUCGAGUUGUUGGUGAACCUGCCAACCAACUAUCCGAAAGAGCAUCCUGAAGUAUAUGCAAGAAGUGCUCGCUUGGACAGAACGCAACAGUGUCUGUUGAAUCAGGAACUAUCUGCUAUCGUGAAACUACAGGAGACAGAAGAGCCUUGUGUAUACACAUUGAUAUCGUGGCUGCAGGAUAAUGCGGAAAUCUAUCUCAACGCUGUUAACCAGUCCGUUAAAUGUAAAGAUUCCAACAAAACCGACACGAGGGAUCAGGAUACGGUUAUCUUUUCCAGAUAUUGGAUUUACAGUCAUCACAUAUACAGCAAGUUCAAGCGGCGAGAUGUGGCCAAUCUGGCGAAAGAGAACUCUCUCACGGGAUUUUGUCUGGCUGGAAAACCGGGUAUCAUUUGCAUGGAGGGAACUCUAGAAGAUUGCGAAUAUUGCUGGCAAAAAAUUAAAGCUAUGAACUGGCACAGAAUAUUGAUAAAAUUAUUGGAAAAAGAGAAAGAUUGUGACAGCGUUGACAGCAGGCGCAAGUUCGUAGAUUUUCAAGAGGUCUCUUUUCCCACUACCGAGCGUCACAAUGACAUGGGUCAACUUCUCAAGUAUCUAUCUGAUCACGAUUGUCAAUACGCGUUCAAGGAACUUUUCGGUAUCGAAGGAAAAUUGAGCAAACUUUCAGAUUAACACACACACACACACAAUUUCACAUAAAAACAGAAAAAAAUAUAUAUUAAAUAUAUAUUUUAUACACAAUAUAAAUUUCCUCGAAUCAUUUUUUUUUAAAUCAUACGUUUUGUCUUGAAAUUCCUCGCUUACCUUCACUGUGCGAUAAAUUAUUUUGAACACUCCUUCUUCGACGCUCACUUCUUUGUUGAAUUGCUCGAGUU